AUCUCAAGCGUUAUACGGUUAACCGAUCCGUUUCAGGAUUAUGCGUUCUCUCCUUCACGACCUUCUUAUUCACUCUCCCUUCGAUCUAAUUCUCUGAUACCUCCGACGACGUCGCACGGCCUCUCUCUACAGAUAGCCAUAGAUAUUAAUUCGUUUUCUCCAAUCGCGUUUUCAGUGUUUUUUUGUGUUCAUUCCCUUUUGAGGAAAUCUACGGGGUAUAAUUUAUGCAGCCUAGGGUUUCUAUGAUGACGCCGUCGCCUACAACUUUCUCGGCGAAGCAAGAGUUCGACACGCCCACGAACAAUCUGUGGGUUGGCAAUCUCACCCCCGACGUGACUGAAGCCGAGCUCACCGCUCUGUUUGAAAGGUACGGCCAGGUUGACAGCAUAUCCUCUUACUCCGUCCGCAGCUAUGCCUUCGUCCACUUCAAAACCCUAAAAGAUGCCAUGGCCGCCAAGGAGGCGCUGCAGGGAACAUUGCUCCGUGGGAUUCCUCUUAAGAUUGAAUUCGCGAAACCGGCUAAGCCAUGCAAAAGCCUGUGGGUUGCUGGGGUAGGCCAGUCUGUUUCUAGAGAAGAGUUGGAGGAACAUUUUAAGAAAUUUGGUAAAGUUAUAGAAUUCAAAUUCACAAGGGACCGGAACACAGCUUAUAUUGACUAUGCUCGAUUGGAAGAUGCAACUGAAGCUCUUAAAAAUAUGAACGGAAAGCAUAUACGUGGAGACCAGAUUCGUGUGGAUUAUCUCAGGUCACACCCUGCAAGGAGGGAGCAAGGCCCUGACAUUCCGAAAGAGGGACAGCUUCCUUACAGGGGUGUUCCGCAUACACAAGAUUAUAUGAAACCUUACUCUGGGCCAUUUCAUGCUGGGACCAAAAGGCAACACUUUGAACCACAAUUCCAGCAGCCUUUUGGGGGCAGAGAUUGUCAGCCAAGUAAGAUCUUGUGGAUAAGCUAUCCUCCCUCUGCUCAUAUUGAAGAUGACAUGCUUCACAAUGCAAUGAUUUUGUUUGGUGAGAUUGAGAGAAUAAAAACAUUUGAUGAUCGAAAUUAUGCAUUAGUUGAAUUUAGGAGUGUGGAAGAAGCGAUUCUUGCCAAGGAAGGGUUGCAGGGAAAGCUUUUUAAUGAUCCCAGAAUAUCCAUCGAGUACUCAAACAGUGGGUUUCCUCCAGCAAGAGAAUAUUUUGCACACCAUCCAUCACAAAUGGGAGGCAUAUUGGAUCACAAUCACUCACUCCUUCCUAAUAAUAACAUUCAUGGGCUAUUGCCUCGUGGUAUUCACGGUUUCAAUAUGCUGAGGAGGCCUUUGGGCCCCCCUCCUCAAAACAGGUUAGAUCAUAAUACUCCCGGCUUUGAAUAUCCAAACGUGGCAGCAAUACACAAAUUACAAGAAUCAGGUCCUCAUAAUCUGAUGGGUGGACCUGAGUGGGGACGCUCAUCACCUGUACCUGAAGCUUCUCCUACAGGUGUGCCAAAAUCACUGAACAGACCAGCAGCAUCUGGUGGUUGGGACGUGUAUGAUGCUUCUGCUUCCCAAGUGCACAGGGAAUCUAAAAGAUCAAGAGUUGAUGAUGCCUUGCCUCAUUAUGAUGUUCCGUUUCCCCCUAAAAGAUUGGAUGAUCAAACAUUAAAAAUUGAUGAACGAUACAAUAUGGGUUCAGUUGGUAACAUUAGGGGAAGGCAUCACCCAGCAGAUGAAAGGGGUACCCCAGGUCAUGAUUAUAUAUGGCGUGGCCUUAUUGCCAAGGGUGGGACACCAGUUUGCCGUGCUCGUUGUGUUCCCAUUGGUGAUGAGAUCGAUUCUCAGAUUCCUGAUGUAGUCAAUUGCUCAGCCCGGACUGGGUUGGACUUGCUAACUAAACACUAUGCAGAUGCCGUUGGAUUCAAAAUUGUCUUCUUCUUGCCGGAUAGGGAAGAGGAUUUUAGUUCAUAUACAGAGUUCCUGAGGUACCUAGGAACCAAGAACCGUGCUGGGGUCGCAAAAUUCAAUGACAGUACUACUAUGUUCUUGGUACCUCCAUCUGAUUUUCUCACAAAUGUUCUGAAUAUUGCUGGGCCAGAGCGUUUAUAUGGGGUAGUAUUGGAAUUUGAACAAGUGCCUGCCACGUCUGUACAGGCACCACCACUGCCAAUGGACACACUUCAACCACCUCCAUUUGUAGAUCCUCCACAGAAGAUAACAUCCUACCAUCAGCCUGCAUACAAUAUGAUGCCUCCUAAGGAUUCACAAAUGGACUAUAACAAUGUUGCCUUACGAGAAGACGUGAAACUCCCUCCAAAAAUAGCUACUAACGAAUCUGUUCCAUUGCAUGCAGCUCCCCCAAAUAAUAACACAUCAAUACCUCCUCCUCAAAGCAGUGUUACUUUAACGCCUGAACUUAUUGCAACUCUCACUUCUUUAUUACCACUUAAUAAUUCCUCUGGUUCCGAGUACAACACAACAUCUCCUACUUUAGGUCCUGUGUUAAAUAAUGUGACCGUUGCACCACCAGAAAGACAGGAUACACAGGGGUGGGGAUAUGAUCAACUGGCACACCAUAACCCCCAAGUCUACCCUUUACCUCCAACCCAAGUUCAUCAUCCGCUCUUCAAUGGCCCCCACAGCCAUUCUGCUCAUGGAGUGGUUGGGUUCAGUCAAAUUCAAGAGCAGCGCCCUUAUGACUUUCAAGUGCGGCCAACUGCGUCAAGUAAUGCAUUUGCCUCGACGACUAACCCAGUACAAAGUGGGAAUAUGGCAGGCCCAUCGCAUGUUGACCAACACAAUCCACAUGGAUCUUCUCAGGGUCCACUUAUUCAGAACCCUGGGUUUUUUGGAUCAGAUUCUUCUUCAAUGUAUGGUUCCACAGUGCUUCAGCAGCCCACUGUGUUGCCCAAUCAGGCAAUGAAUCCCCAGCCUUAUGCUAAUACAACCCCCCAGGCUUCGGGACCUGGAGGGAAUGCUGCCCCCUCUCAACAACUUCACUGUGAGGCAGGACAGGAAAGUUGUGAGUCCGAGGAAAAUAAGAAUGAGAGGUACAGAACAACAUUACUAUUUGCUGCAAAUCUGCUAUCGCAGAUUCAUCAACAACCAAAUAGUCAAACUGGUCAAGGAUCAUGAUUACAUUCAGAUGGUGCUUCCAUUUGUUCAGGUAAUUUAUCAUCACCUUGUUGUUUGGAUGAGCUCUAAUUGUCCUUGUGAUUGAACUUUAGGGUGUGUGCAUUAUCUGUCUUAGUUUGAUUUUUCUGUUGUCUGAAGUCUGCAACUAAGUUGUAGGUAGCUGAAAUUUUCUUUUCUGACCUCUUUCUUUAGAGCUAUAGCUUGUAACGAUAUGAGCUAAAAAAGUUCAGCGUUAUAUUAAUAUUGAUACCAAUUUUUUAAAUAAUACUACAUCCAUCCCCAAAUAGAGUCAUGUUCAACCAAAUUAAAUUUGUUUGGGUGGGGUAGAGCUGCCAUAAAUUCUAAAGCGUACUUGUAUUUUUUGGCGAACUAAGUUUAUCAGGGAAACUAUAUGUACCUAUUUUUUAUUCGAUCUAUUGAGGAAUUACAUAAAAAAUUAUCUUUUUUUGAUCAAAUUGGACUCUGUUGGAGAUAUAGAUAGUGUCUCGGAUGGAGUGAGUAAAAACCCCUUUUCAUCUCACUAGAAAGGAACCCAGUCAAAACAAUUGGUCUCUCUACAUAGCCAUUUACACUGGUUUUGAUAGACAAUUUCUUUCAACCACCGCUUGCACAUCAGAGCUAGUCCUCUUUUUCUGUAUCCAUGAAUACCAAACUCAUAUAAUCCUUGCAACAUUUAUCUCAUAUAGUCAUAUUCUGAUCUCUUAUUCCUGCGGUCCUGCCUAAUGGAAGUCUAAAUGCACAGAUUUCAUACACAUCAUUGUUAGUUUCCGAGUGAAAUAGAUAACCAUCAUCAUAUUAAGAGUGGAAAAUGAGAUUUUAUAUAUUUAUUAUUUAGACUUAUUUUAGACUUUUGUCUGUUAGGAUAUUGCAAAGACGAAUAAAUCUUAAAAAAGUUGACGUGUCAUGUUUUUACAAUUCCAUGAAAAUAAAUGGUUGCUCUUUACCCCCCUCCAUUUAUACAAUUUUAAAUCCAUGAAAAUUAAUAUGAUGUCAUCUUGCAUUGCUGUGGUUCAUAAGCUGAUUUAUUAUUAACAUGCUAUUUAGAAAAUAAAAAUAAAAAUUGAAGUCUUUAGUUCUAUGUUUAUAUCUUCGUAAUUAAGCGGAUUGCAUGUGCUUCCUUUGGUAAUGUGCAUUCUUGUACAUAGUUGUACUUUGAAAUACAAGGGUGCCAUUAUUUUUUACUUUUCGUAGAGGCGUGCACAUUUUUUCUCUAUCUGUGUGUGUGUCAGUGAAGUAUUAGCAGGCUUGGGGUUCCUAAGGGAGACAUAUUUACAGCAUUUUCUAGUCUUGCUUGGACCUGGUCAAGUUUAUUUGAGUUGUAUGUAAAUUGAAAUGAUGCACUUCUACUGAAAUCUUAUAUCAUCUGAGUUGUGAAAUAUUGCAUGUUUGUGCAAACUAAAUGAUUGAUCCAACUAUCCAAGAUGUCUUGAAACCUUCCUACCCCAAGGAGAAAAAAACAAAAACAAAAACUUCGUAGUUGCUGUACAUAGCUAAUGAUCAUCAAAUAUUUUGUCUGUCUGCGAACUGAUAGACAAACUUCCAUACUAGUAUCGAAUUCACAACUUUGGCAAAAUUUAAAACCUGUGUGCAAUAUUAUUGCACAAACUAUGUACUCCUAUUAAUUAAUAAUAUAAUUAAUGUAAUAAAGUAAAAGAAGGAUCAUAUUUUCUGAAAACAUGAAACUCCUAAUUGCUUCUUCUGGUCACAUACUCGCAUAUGGAAUCAAACCAUGAGUCUAUUAAGUUUAACUUUUGAAGUAACUUAUAGAUUUACCUCAAAAGGACAACAAUGUCUAUCAACAAAUGGGAGAUAACGUGAUUGUUUUAAUGAGGGUACUAACAUCUUAUAUGCGACUUCAUUUUUACUCGGUACUGGCUGAUUUUAACAUACUAGAAUCUGCUGAUCUCAACCCAAAAUUGGGGGUCAAAACAUGAUCACUGCAACAUUUCAUUGUUGACGUGGUUAGAAAACUAUAAACUCAUUGAAACGGUAGCUUAGUUGGAAUGUGUAAAGGUAUAUUACAGAAGACAUUAGUUUCAGAACAAAUAAAAACAUUGCUCGGCUUUAGAUACACAAUAAAGAUAUAAGACAUCAAUAAUAAUUACUCCGUAUUUAACAAAUUACAAAACGUUAGACAAACUGCAUAUGUUAUGUCAUUAACCAGUUCAUGUUUAAUAUAUUUCAAUCAUACACUCUUGAUAAUAAUCACCUUGUGUUUUUUUGAGAGAACGUCACACCACAGAUAUCAGUAUGUUCAUCCUGAAGUAACAAUGCGUGGAGUCAGAUUUCAUGUACAAAUUUUUAUCUCGCUUAUUCUUCUUAAGCAAAAGCUAGUGGGCACUAGAAAAUGUAUGGGUAAAUCUCUACAAAUAAACAUAGUAAAUAUUAUUUAAAAUUUAUUUAAAUAAAACGACUACAAAACUCGACACCAAUACCUUAAUGAGAUUCCAAAUAUCCACUGCAUCAAGUUCUGUUCAGAUUAGGUACUAGGUUUGAGUAAACGAAAGUUUGUUAGUAUUUCAAUUUUUUUUUUUAAAGUAGCUUAGAUAUGUGUGUCGAUUCAGGAAUAUAGGAAUGCUAAGUUAUUCGUUUUAUUAUGGCUUAGUACUACUAUAGGCUUUUCUACAAUAAUAUAGGUUUAUGAGUAGGAGGUUUUUAGUAUUGUAGUGGUAUUGUAAUCUCACAAUUAUCAUCGACUUCAUCAAAUCAUAUUCUCAUUAAAACUUCUUCUCAAGUUAUACUCGAAUAGUUUUUUGUUUAUUCUUUCAAUAAUUGUUUCAUUUUUUAAUGAGAAGGUUAAGUUGGGAAAGAAGUAAUAUUUCAUUAUGGUGCACUGUAGUUGCUUUUAGCGAAGUACUCCCUCCGGUCCCUAUUAAAGUUCCCAGUUUGACUUCACACAGAUUAAGAAAAUAAAUUUGACUUUACUAUGGAGUGUACUGUUUGGCACUGUUUGAACACUGUUUUGCACUGUUUUGUUUCCUACAAUGGAAGUGUGAACUUAAAUAAGGGACAUCCCAAAAAGGAAAGUGAGGACUUUAAUAGGGACCAGAGGGAGUAUUAUGUAUUCUUGAUUUCUAUUUUUUUAAAUGAAACUUCACGAUAGUGUUUUUACUUUGUAAAAAACUACCUAAAGUUUCAUUUUUUAGAAAUCAAGAAUACAUAACAUUUCCUCAGUUCUUAAUUAAAUACGUGUUAAAUUUUACACUAUUCACAUGUUUUACUUUGACUAAGUUUUAUUUAUUAAUGUCUUAAUAUAUAAUUUUUUAAAAAUAAAAGUUAAAUUUGUCUCAUUGUAUUCUUUUUGGAAAGAAAAUUACCUAUGUUUGUUUCAGUAGUUUCAGGGUCGUUACAUCAAUAAAAAAAUCAUAUCUGAUACCAACUACAUCUACCAACUAUGAUGGCUAACCUUACGAUUAGACAUUUAAACGAUCGUCUUUGAAAGAGUAACACGAAUUGUUAAUCUUGAAAUGAGCUUGACACAACUAUCAUUGGUCUUAUAGUUCCGUACUUCGAACAACUAUCAUUGAACCUAGCAACAUAGACUUUAAAAAGAAUUCAAACAACAAUUAUCAAUAAUUAAUUGAAUAAAUUUCUUGAACUCUAGCACCUUGUUCAACCUAUGGCAGUGGUUUGGGAAGGGGUCAAACCAUAGUACUACAGUGAUUGAUUUUCCAUCAUCGGUUGAACUCCGACCUUCACCAUAUUCGUUGCACCUCAACCCUUCUUGCCCCUCGUACAUGCUAGAGUAGCUGCUCAUCGUCAUCUUGGUCAUGGCAUCACGACCACUCGUAAUUGAAGCAACAUCUCUGGUUAGGGUCUGAACCAUACUCAUAUUCUCACCUUCCAUCCUAUGCCUUUCCAUUGAAGCGGAGAGAAACAUGAUUCUUGAAAACUCUAAAAUCGUCGAUGAAGAAAGCUUCGCGCAACCCAAAUCUCCCCUAGACCUGCUGGAAAAAAAUAUGAUUUUUUAAAUUUUUUAUACUAAUAGAGAAAAAUAUAUAUUAAUGGUCAAAGUUAUGCAUUAACAAACACAAAAAGUUGAUUAUUGCACUUAUUUACGAAUGGAGGAGGUAUUACAAGCAAACAAAGAUCGAAAAAUCAAAACCAAUUGAAAAUUCCAUUGAAAUCGAAUCAAAUUGAAUGAAAUCAAAAUUGACUAAUUUAUUGGCGGUUUGGUUUACGGCUUAUAGUUUAUACUUUCGAGUUAAAAACCAAUGAAUAAAAACCUAUUCACAAAAAAUUGAUCGGGAUGUGCGAAAAUUGAUUUGAAUCGUUACAAACUGAUUGAUAGCGACUCAAGUUGUGUUGUCUUAAUUUCAGAUUCACCUUUUCUAAAAGUCUGUUAAACUGAUUGGUUAAAAACCGAAUCGACUAAAAAUCGAACUGAUAAAAUUGAAAUCGUCGAAACCGACUCGAUGAGCACCCCUAACUUGUUUCAUGUCAUCUCCGUAGGGUGGACUAUGCAUGGAAUUUUGGUUGCACGUUAGGGAUGGACUAAACCGGGCUAGCUCGACCCGGAACCGGCCUAGCUCGACCUGGAACCGGCCCAGCUCGUUACUGUUUGGGCCCGAACCUGACCGGGACCGGUUGGCCGGUUCCGGGCUUUUAGCCCGUUUGGGCGGGCCGGGUUCGGGCCAGGCCUGGUUUAAUUUUUUUUUUCAAUUUUUUUGCUUUUCUAGGUUAGGGUUGGGUGUUUUGGGGGGGUUGGGGGGUGGGGGUGAAGGGGGGGGGGGGGUCGGGUGUUAAUUAGAAACAAAAAAAAUGAACUUGACUCGAGCCUGGCCCGGCCCGGUUAGGCCCGGACUUGGUAUCAACCCGGGCCGGUUCCGGGCCCAACAUUUUGCAAAAAAGCCCGCUCGGGCCCGGCCCGGAACCGGAACUGGACCGGCCCGGGUCCAUCCCUAUUGCACAUAGAAUUUUUUGGAGGGAAAGUUGAAUGGUAUUAUUGGUUGAAACAUUAUCGAUUGAAACAUUUACGUUAUUUAUAUCAUUGAUUUGUUUUAUUUGAGAGUUAAGGUAUCAAAAUGCAUCAAAUAAUAGUCCAGGUGCUUAAAAUUGACCGAAUUGACUGAAAUUGAUGAAAUUAUAACUAUAGCGAUUUAAUGGAGUAAUGUGUUGAGUUGUGAAAGUAUUACAUUCAUAAAAAAGUAUUAACAAAAUAAAAGAAUCUUGGGUAGUGAUCUUCAACAAUUUUAACAUGCCAAAUAAAAAAUACAAGUUUGAUAAAAAAAAGUGACUGAUAAGCGAAAAAUAGGUGUUAAUGUGGCCUCAAACAGUGAGAAUGUUUUCCAACUUUUAGCUUUUAAAUAGUUAGAAAAUAGUAAUGUUUUCCAACUUUUAGCUUUUAAAUAGUUAAAAAAUAGUGUUCCCAAACAACUUGUUUUGCUUAUUUUGAGCACUAUAAAGCUUAAAAGUAAGUGAAUGCGCGUUUUAAAAUGUUAUUUUUUUUUAUCUAUAACAACAAUAUCCAAAUCUUAAUUUCAAAAGAAUUUGGGGUCGGAUAACAUGAAAUUGAUAUGAUAUCGAUGCCAAACAGAGCUACAGACAGGGGAGUAAGAUAAAACGGAUAAAAUAAACAUAAAUAUAGAAGAUAAAACGAUAAAAGAAAAGAGAGGAGAUGUAGAGAAGACAUCAAUCGUCCAAAGUCAUACUCUCAUCCAAUCCAAGUUAUUGUUUUUUAUCUAUUAAACAAAAAUUACUUUUACUACUCUCAAUUUUAGUUUUUCAAAAUCACUUUUUUCAAACGUAUCAUUUUUAUUAUAUAUAAUCUCCAAUUAAUCAUUUCAUAGAAAUAGAAUUGAAUGCAAACCCUUCUAAAACAUCUAAUGCUGGUAUACUUUAGUUAGUAGGUACUCCCUCCGUCCCCUUUUAAAUGUCCCGGAAGAGGGUGACACGAAUUUUAAGAAAAGUAGGUUUGUGUGGUUGAUAUUAAUAGAUAAAGUAAGAAUAAAGUAAGAAUGAUUUUGAGCCACACAAACUUUACCAAAUAAGGUAUGGAACAAUUAAAUAGAGACAUCUAAAUAUGGUAAAAUGGGACAUUUAAAAGGGGACGGAGGGAGUAUAUUCUUUAACAAGAAGUCCCUCAGGAAAAAUUAGACACCUUUUUGAGGUACAAAGUCACUAUCCGACAACUUGUGUUUCGUAUCAACUUUGUGUCUUUUACAACACGAUCCCAAAAGUAAUAAUCUAAUAAAAUUGUCAUUCAUUUUUGGCGUUGUAGGUUUGUUGGACUACCGAACGAGGACAGUUAUUUGGGCUUCGUUGAGUGGAUUCACAUGUUGGUCCGAUGUGGUUGGGUCUCAUCGGCCCAGCCCAGACUUGUAGUGAUGCUACCACCGCCAUAAAUUAUUUUGUGGUGUUUUUAUCCUUUCUUUUUGUUAGUGUAGUGCUUUGUUCAGACAGUUAUCAGUAAUUAUUUCGCAAUCAUUAGUUAAUGACUUUUAAUUUCGUGUUUCAAUUUAGACUGAUAGGAAGAGAUGUUCCCCAAUAAACUUCAACUUUAACAUAGACGUAUUUUAAAACAGCCUCCUGCAAAAUCUCUUAAUUCUUGAACUUUCCCACUUCAAGAAAUGGAAUUUAACAAAUCAC